CCCUUCCUUGGCGUGGGUCAUGGUGAAACUGCCGUGCGUUAAGCCAGUGACCGAAUUCCUGAGCUCACAGGACGGCCAAUGAUAAAACUUGCUAGAGAAUUCCCUCCACUUGUGAGCCUGAGGAGAAACGUGCCGAAUUCAGUCAGAGCCACGGUGGCUGACGUCUGUGCUCAGAACCAGCUGCGGAGGUCCCUCCCCGGGUUCCUCCUAGGCUGAGUACUCUGGGGUCGCCUCUUCCUGGAUGUCGCCGAUUGGUGGUUGGGUAGGGGUUUUAGGUGUGUAUGUGUGUGUUUUUUUUUUAGGGUUGUCUUGCUGCAUUUUGUUGCGGACCACAGUGCAUUAACAAUCCUAGUCAGCUCAGGGGCUUUCAGGUAUUUGACUUAUGAGCUGAGUAGCUGGGCAGACUGAUAACAAAGCGAGCUCUUUUGCAGGUUAGUAAACUUGGAUCUUAGACUAAACUUCUUUGGUUCAGGUGAGGGCAGCUAAGCAGGUAGGAAGGUGGGGAAGGAGAGGCCGACAAGCAGGCGUCGGCAAUCCAAGCAGGGGCCUAGUACAUCCUGUUUUUCUGUAGUUUGCUGCCCUAAACCGGUUCAAGGCACCUUGUCUUGGAAAUAGACCACUGCAUGCAUUGUUUCACCAACACCCGAGUCCAUUUCACGCUUUCCCCCUCCUCAUGCCCCUUUGUCCCCUCAUCCUCCCAACGGCCAUGGCUUUAUGAGGCGCCCUGGGUUCCGUGGCUACCGUGUCGACCAGGGCAGCCCACCCACUUCACACUUUGGUCUGGAGUGAGCGAGAGCGACGCUGCUUUUCUCUUGCUUUUCAGCCUGGACCUGUGAUGUGAUUGGCGUGAGAAGGAAGUGUGGAUUCUGGCGAUGGACACCCGCUCCGGGAGCCAGUGUUCCGUCGCCCCAGAAGCCGUGCUCAACAACGGAGAGCUGGUCUUGCCGCCCCGCAUCUCCAGAGUGAACGGCUGGUCGUUACCCCUGCACUACUUCCAGGUGGUGACCUGGGCUGUCUUCCUGGGCCUUUCAUCGGCCACCUUUGGGAUCUUCAUUCCCCUCCUGCCUCAUGUGUGGAAAUAUGUCGCCUACGUGGUGACCGGGGGGAUCUUCUCCUUCCACCUCGUCGUCCACGUGAUUGCCUCCUGCAUCGACCCAGCCGACUUCAAUGUCAGACUCAUGAAGAACUACUCUCAGCCCAUGCCGAUCUUCGACAGAUCGAAACACGCACACGUGAUCCAGAACCAGUUCUGCCACCUGUGCAAGGUCACCGUGAACAAGAAAACCAAACACUGCAUUUCCUGCAAUAAAUGUGUAUCUGGCUUCGACCACCACUGCAAGUGGAUCAACAACUGCGUGGGAAGCCGUAAUUACUGGUUCUUCUUCAGCACCGUGGCCUCAGCCACAGCCGGCAUGCUUUGCCUGAUCACCAUCCUGCUGUACAUCCUCGUCCAGUACUUUGUGAACCCCGGGGUGCUCCGCACGGACCCCAAUUAUGAAGAUGUCAAGAACACGAACACGUGGCUGCUGUUCCUUCCUCUGUUCCCGGUGCAGGUGCAGACCCUGAUAGUCGUGAUCAUCGGGAUGGUCGUGCUCCUGCUGGACCUGCUUGGCUUGGUGCAGCUGGGCCAGCUGCUCAUCUUCCACAUCUACUUGAAGGCCAAGAAGAUGACCACCUUUGAGUAUCUCAUUAAGACCCGCAAAGAAGAGAGUUCAGAACACCAAGCGGCGAGGAAAGAUCCACAUGUGCAAAUGGAGGAAGGAUUUCUCCAGCAAAGAGACAGCGCCCUGGGCUCAUCUACACAGGGAGUCAAGGCCAAGAAUUCUCUGCUGAUGUUUAAGCGCCUGUAUCGACACUCGACUCCCUUACCCUCGGACAAGAGCUCGUCGGAACAGGAAGCAGAUGGUGCCCCAAGUCCAUCUUCACUUGGAGCCAAGGUCAAGAGCUCUCUGCUGAUUUGCAAGAGCCCAUGUCACUUCUGCACUUCAGUAAACCCGGACGGGGACUCGUCGGCAAAGGAAGCAGAUGGUGUCUCGAGUCUGUCUUCACUUGGAGUCAAGGCCAGGAACUCCCUGCAGAUUUACAGGCGCCCCUGUCCAUUCUCCAGUACUGUUCACCCGGAAGGGGGUUCGACGGCACAGGAAGCCGAUGAUGAACCAAGUCCAUCUCCACUUGGAGUCAAGGCCAGGGACUCCCUGCAGAUUUACUGGCACCCCUGUCUGUUCUCCAGUGCUGUUCACCCGGAAGGGGGUUCGAUGGCACAGGAAGCAGAUGAUGCCCCGAGUCCAUCUUCACUUGGGCUGCAACAAGAACGAAGACAGCCCGUGAAAACCGACAGUGCUGAAAGUGAAGACUGAGAUUCAGAAGCUGAGGUGCCCCUGUGAUCCAGGUCUUCCACCCUGAAACCCCACCCCUGCAUCAAGGUCCUGCCUGGAGAGUCUACCUUGCAAAGCUUCCUGCUCCUGCACAUGCCACAGGCCAGCAACCAGAGCCCAUCAUCUCAGAGGCCCCUGUAUGUCCUUCGAAGGAACCAGGACCCUCAGAGCCCAGCAUCCAUCACUGUCAUCAUCAUCACAACCAAAGAAGAGCAAGCCUGGCAGGCGGGGUUACAUCUCCAGGAUGAUGGGCUGCCAGCAACUGCACAGGAUACGGCUACCUGCUUAACUGUGCUAUCCAGCCAGCCAGCCAGCUGCAGGGCCUCUUGCUGCUCAAGAAGAGCUGAUGGGCCGGGGGUAUUGGAUCACACGUGUGGGCACAGUACUGAGAAAUGAGAGCACAGUGCUGGGAAAUGGAAGCAUAGUACUCAGAAAUGGAAGCAUAGUACUGGGAAAUGGGAGCACAGUACUAGGAAAUGGGAGCACAGAGUACUGGGAAAUGGGAGAACAGUACUGGGAAAUGGGAGCACAUAGUAUUGGGAAAUGGGAGAACACAGUACUGGGAAAUGGGAGCACAGCACUGGGAAAUGAGAGCACAGAGGACUGGGAAAUGGGAGCACAGGACUGGGAAACGGGAGCACACGGCACUGCGAAAUGAGAGCACAUUACUGGGAAAUGGGAGCACACAGCACUGGGAAAUGGGAGCAUAGUACUGGGAAAUGGGAGAACAGUACUGAGAAAUGGGAGUACUGAGAAAUGGGAGCACAGAGUACUGGGAAAUGGGAGCACAGUGCUGGGAAAUGGGAACACAGUACUAGGAAAUGGGAACACAGAGUACUGGGAAAUGGGAGAACACAGUAUUGGGAAAUGGGAGCACAUAGUAUUGGGAAAUGGGAGAACACAGUACUGGGAAAUGGGAGAACACAGUACUGGGAAAUGGGAGAACACAGUACUGGGAAAUGGGAGCACAGUGCUGGGAAAUGGGAACACUGUACUAGGAAAUGGGAGCACAGAGUCUGGGAAAUGGGAGAACACAGUAUUGGGAAAUGGGAGCACACAGUACUGGGAAAUGGGAGCACACAGCACUGGGAAAUGGGAGCAUAGUACUGGGAAAUGGGAGAACAGUACUGAGAAAUGGGAGUACUGAGAAAUGGGAGCACAGAGUACUGGGAAAUGGGAGCACAGUGCUGGGAAAUGGGAACACAGUACUAGGAAAUGGGAGCACAGAGUACUGGGAAAUGGGAGAACACAGUAUUGGGAAAUGGGAGCACAUAGUAUUGGGAAAUGGGAGAACACAGUACUGGGAAAUGGGAGAACACAGUACUGGGAAAUGGGAGCACAGUGCUGGGAAAUGGGAACACAGUGCUGGGAAAUGGGAGCACAGAGUCUGGGAAAUGGGAGAACACAGUAUUGGGAAAUGGGAGCACGUAGUAUUGGGAAAUGGGAGAACACAGUACUGGGAAAUGGGAGCACACAGCACUGGGAAAUGGGAGCAUAGUACUGGAAAAUGGGAGCACAGUACUGAGAAAUGGGAGUACUGAGAAAUGGGAGCACAGUAUGAGAAAUGGGAGCCCACAGUACUGGGAAAUAGAAGCAUAGUAUGGAGAAAUGAAGGCACACAGUACUGUGAAAUGGGAGGUCAGUACUGGGAAAUGAGAGCACGGUUCUGGAAAAUAGGAGCACACAGUACUGAGAAAUGGGAGCACAGUACUGGGAAACCCCAUAUCUGGAUUCUGAGUUCUUCAGCCUAGCCCAGACUUCUUAUCUUAGUAGACAACAAGAGUCAAGAGAAGACCAGAGAACUGCAGGCAUCCUCUAUAUUUUAAUGAA